AUGCGACUACGCCUUGUCGUGCGUCGAAACGGACUCCCCGAGGCCAACGUGGUCUGGCCCGUCCCUCCGCACAACAGUCCUACCGUCGCCAAGCUGCUGGAGCAAGUCAACGACAUCCUGCCUCUGGAGAGUGGUGAAUGGGGCCUCGAGGAUUACGCCGUCGAACUCCGGGGCAGCGAUGGCUCCAGCUUCGAGUGCCUGCACUUUCAGUCCGUUCGCGACGUACUGAAGGAUGAUGACCAGAUCUUCAUCCGCCCUCUAUUCACAGACGACCUCCGACGGCGCCGAGUCAGCGGGCGGCACCAGAUCUCGACUGACGGCAAGCACCUCAUCGAUGGCAUAGCAUUCGGGAGGCCCUUGCUCAAGGCCCCUCGGGGUCGCCCGGCUUUUGACAUCCCGCCACGGAAGCGCCGUCGCAUUGGCUACGAGGACCACGACGCCGAUGACCGCGACGAGGAGGACGAAGACGACGCCGAUUACGAGCAGGGAGAGGAGGAUGAGGAAGAAGAAGAAGAGGACGAAGAAGACACGCCCAUGCUGCUGCUCACUAAUGGGGAGGAUGAGCACCGAGAAAGCCGCCGGAGAAGUGUCAGGUUGGCUACAGACUUUGACAACCUCGACGCUGACGAUAUUGACGAGGAAGAACCCGGAUCGGACGAGAACGCUGACCACGACGACGAAGAUCUCACCAGAGAGCUCCAAGAUCUGCAGAGCCCCGGCGGAACCCAUGGCAUAGACCGUCACUCCGCUGAAAGGGAGCGGGCCUCGCCCCUGCAAGAUAAACAGCCACGACGGUUCUCACGACCCGGCUCCCCGCGGCGCUCUCGUGGCCGUAGGUCCGAGACUCCUCAGCCCGUGCCAUCCUCGCAUGAAGACAGCUCACUAGACCUGGAAGUACUUGAUAAAAUCAGUACAUUGCGGGCUGCUUUUCCUGCUGCCCCGUUGCGUGUGUGCAGAGAGAUUCUUACCGCCGAGGAUGGCGACUUGAGGAAGUCUUAUCUCGCCUUAUUGCAAGGAUUCAAACCAGCAAUCUCCGAAUCCGACCUCGUCAAACGAUGGCAUCAACGUCUCCCAGGACCUGGCAGCAGUGGAAAUUUGGAGACCUCCCCGCGACAACCCCCACAGCCAGCGGCUGGCGUCGACGAGUCAACGGCAAAGAGCGCCAACGAAGUGGACGAUGAUGCCCAAGACCAGGAGGACGCAGAAUCGGACGAGGACGACGACGGGGAUGUCACACCUUUCGUCCGACGAUUUGACCGCCAAGGUCUGCCCCCUGGAACAAUCUCGUCAGGUAAUGGUCUCAAAGCCAUGGCCGGCAUUUCCGCCUCCUUCACGAGCAGCAGAGCACAUGGCGAAAGUAAGGCUACAUCAGCAACGCUGACUGCCAGCAAAACGAGCUUUGAUGAUCUGGACGAGGCAGACGAAGACGACACUUCGAGCAGUGCGGCGAGUUCCAGCUCGGGCUCGAGCUCCGAAGAAGGGGAGCUGAGCGACCCUUCGAGUUCAGAUGAUUCAUCGUCAGCCAAUGACGAGGACGAAGACCCGGCGUCAGGCGAUGCCAGUAACAACGAGGCCCGUUCCGAUUCUAGUACUAGCAGCUCUGAGGACGGUGGCGAUAACCACGACGACAGCGACGAUGACAGCGGCCCUGAAGAGAUGACUGCAAAAUCCACUGCGAAAUCCAAGCCCAUCGGCCGUACUGCUUCUGGCAAAGAUAGUUCCGACGCCACUUCGAGCAGCAGCGAGGACUCAGACGCUGAUGACGAGACAUCCUCCUCCUCCGAAAGCUCGGAUGACGAAAGCUCCGACGACGAUAGUAGUAAUCCCGAGUCGAGCCCAGAGUCGGAGAGCGAUGAGGAUGCACUUGCUGCGAAGCGAACCACAAAGCAUGCUAUGGCCCUGCAACAGGGUCUGUGUCUGCCCAGCGGUGAGAUAACCCAGUCACAAUCUCCCUCGGUACCAUCCCAACACGCGGUCCCUCCCGGCCAGGGAAAAUUCGCCACGCGGAAACGCAACAUUCGGCGCAGAGAAGCCGAAAGGGCCAAGAAACAGGUUGCCCAGGCCCAGACCCCCGAGCACACGCAGGCGAACACCUCGCUUGCUUUGCCAAUAUCAACGUCUGCUAGUCUUGAAAAUGACAAAUCGAAAGAGCAAGAACUCUUUGAGGCCAAGCGACAAGCUUUGCUCGAUGCUCUUGCGAAUGGCGGAGUCGAGGUCGGGCCAGGCAGUCAAUCUGGCCUUGAGGGUUCUAUCGCUCCGCAAACCAACAAGAGAAAGCGGAACGAGGCAGACUCUGCUAAGGCUGCAGACACCGAGGCCAACGAGGUUGAGGCAUCGAUACCGCGUGACGACUCGGUAACUGCUGCGCUCACCCUGGAGGCUCCGUCGCCAGAUUCAGUAAAGAGACGGCGAUUAGACCUUGGUGCAGGGCGCCGCAUGCUGUUCGGUGCGCUCGGCCUUCGCAAUCCCAGGACCAAGGAUGAUGAGGACAACCUCCGCAAUAGACUCAUGAAAGAUGUUCGACCUUUGCAGAAUGCGCGAUUGGCAGAGGACGACGGGAAAGCGAGCACGGCCGAGACGGAGAUCGGAAAGGAAAACGCUGCAGAGAAUACGACGGCAGAUCCUGACGCCUGGAAGGACAGGAUUGUCUACCGAGCCGUUGAGUGUUGCCAGGCUGAUGUCGUACUCAGUGAACCUCCUUUCCCGUUUGUCCAAAGAUGGGAUCCACAGCAACAAGGCAAUUGGUUCACCAAGAAGAACAAACGCGGCGGGCGUGGCAAGAAAGCGGAGCGCAACCAGUUGCAUUUCUACCAAGAUGAUUCGCGCGGAACGAAGGGAUCAUACGGCGAUUCUCAAGGUUGGGACGAGAGCUACUAUAAUGAAGCGAUGGGGGCUGGCCAGGAGUCUCUCGACGCCGACGUCGAGCUGAACUAUGAUGAUGUGGAGCAGCCUUUGGAUUCGACCAGGGACACAGGCGAUGAGACAACCCGCUUGAGCGACUUGGACGACCUGCCCCCGUUGCCUGAUAACGUUGAGGAUCUGAAGCCCUUGCAGCCGGGCGAGGCACAGAAUGGCAUGGUUAUCACGUGGAAACAGUACAUUCUUUCAAAAGCAACAAACUGGCAGCCCCAGCUGUUAAGUUUAACCGGCGUCAUCUGUAGAAUUGAUGACAAUACCGCCGGUCUCGAGGUCGUACUGGCGAAGAGAGAUCGCGAUCUAGAGCAUGCAGAGAAGCAGUAUGACGAUCGAACCGGGCAACGUAUCUACGACAAAUUCGAAGCCCCAGAUUUAGGUGAGGAAGAAGACGAGGAUGAGGAUACUAGGCGAGCAAAUGAAGGUUACCGCACGCUUAGUUUUGACACCAUGAUGGACCCCAGGAUCGUACAACCUGCCAUAUCCCUGGAUGAAACCUCUUUGGAGCCUAUUGUGCCCUCGAUAGAGGACAGACCAGAGGAGCUGCUGGCCGAGACUGAAACCGCUGUUGACUUUAGGGACACCACCUUCGAGGGGUUCGGAGAUGAGAUCGAGCCACAACGGCAAGAGGCGGCGGAGCUCAUGGAUACUACCUCGGAGCUGCCCAAGGCGACAAAGGGCCAUGUCGAAACUCCGGGGCCGGGGACUGCAACGGAGCAGCGCGAAACCCCAGCAUUAGGUACUUCAAACAUUUCCUCCGACGACCAUGCGGAACAGGAACGCCAACCUGCCAAUUUGUCCUUGUCUGACACAUCACAGAUUAGCAGUCCGUCGCGGCAGCUUCAGGCGGAGACGAUUAGCCAGCUUCUUGAACCGUCACCCAACCAAGGCACUGCCGACGACGUGUCACCCGUGGCUGAUGAACCGACCUCUGAACACGCCAUGACAGACCUGGUCUCGGACGGUGGAGAAGACUCUUCACUCCAUAUCCAUGAUGCUGAACUCAUUACCGGGACACCCAAGGUCACGUACCCGACGCUCAUGGGCCGUCCAUCGUCUGCCGGAAGUGCUCACAGCGGCCGUCAGCCGGAUUUGUCCAUGGACCUGGGCAUUGCUGGGGAAGACUCUUUCCGGGCAACAACCGAAGGCUCCAUCAACGAAGAUCAAAAUACCGGUCCUUCUCCUCUACUAGGCGAAGACUCCACGGUAGUAUAUGGAGAGAGAGACACGGCGAAACCUACCCCUUCUCCAGUCAUAGAUCAACUCAACCAAAAAAUUGAGUUCAGCACCAAGGCCAAAGAAACUCCCGGGUCAAAGAUGAGUUCUGUCCCUUCAUCCUCACGGGCCAGCUCGUCCUCACUGGCCUCUCUAAACACCCUUUGGUGCACUGCAACCUCGUCCCGCAGAACACAGACCCCUUCGAGAACGCAGCUGCUCUCAUCGCUCAAGUCGCAGAAGUCGCAGGCGGCAAGAAAUCAGAACCAUGAAUACGAGGAAGCAAUGCAGAAGCUAGACAGAUCUUCUGAUGACGACGUUUCAGAAGAUGCUAGCAGGAUUAGUGGUAGUUUUCGGCCCGACCGCCAAUCACUGAAGCUUCCAACGCAGUUCUCAUCGAUAGAUAACGUCCCCAAUAACGACUGGGACGUGAAUGAUUCCAGCUCCGACCGCUCCUCUUUGCGUACCCCGCGUGCCCAGACCGAUGUCAAGUUCUCAACGUCUGUCAUUGCUUGCGACGGGGGCCUACAUCGUAACUCUCCAGAAUCAGUCGUUGCGAUCAAAACCCGGGAGUCACCUCCCGCGACCCGGACAAGAAAGGCAGCUCAAUCAUCGCAGCCAAAGUUUUCCGUUCCACGCGGAACACAGGUUCUCGAGAUAAGCUCAGAUUCUGACGAUCCAAAGUUCGCGGAGGACUACGCGGACGAUGAUGCAGAUGAGAAAUACUCACCGGCCAGUCCUCCUAAAGGCUCUAGAUGGGCCAAGAAAAGUAACCCGACAAGGAGCUCGACGGCACCACUUGCAUCUCAGAAGGGUCUGGCAUCCAAGGCGAAUGUUGGAGCCAUCAGCGCCCCUCAGAACUCGUAUGGCCCGCAGCUGAAGGACAUGGAGAGUGCCGCGGCUGUGAUUAAGCGAAUCAAGGGAAAGGGAAAGCGCAAGUCAUAUGCGAGAAUUUAG